AUAACAGAGAGAAGCUAACAGCAGAAGAAGAAAUGCGGAAGUAUUCAUGGUGUAAACAACAACAACCGAGUCAUCCAACCAUUUGAAGUGUUAAACGGUGAUGUGGCUUAUUUAGAGUCGACGUGUGGUGUUUUAAAUGAAGCGUUAGCAGACUGUGUGUGUCCAGCAUGCCUUACCUGGGCGGUGAGGACGCGUUGAGGGAGCUGAGGAGAGCUCUGUCCAACCCCAACAUCCAGUCUGACCAGCUGCGAUACAGGAACACCAUCCUCAAAGUCAUCAGGGCGAUGUCGCAGGGUGUGGAUGUAUCAGGCCUGUUCAGUGAGAUGGUGAAAGCGUGUGCCACAGUAGACAUAGUCCAGAAGAAACUGGUCUAUGUCUUCCUGUGUUCCUAUGCCACUUUAAACCCAGAGCUGUCUCUGCUGGUCAUCAACACGCUGAGGAAAGACUGUCAGGAUCCCAACCCCAUGAUCCGCAGCCUGGCCCUGAGGAACAUGACCAACCUCAGAUUACCCAGUCUGGUGGAGUAUGUGGAGCAGCCUCUAACAGCAGGACUGAAAGACAGAGCAGCUUGUGUACGACGAGUGGCUGUACUCGGCUGGGCCAAACUACACAAUCUCCAACCCAAGUCUGAGAUAGAUGCUGCAGUGGUGAACGAGCUGUACAGCCUGCUGAGGGACCCAGACCCGGUGGUGAUGGUGAACUGCCUCCGAGCUCUGGAGGAGAUCCUGAAGGAGGAGGGGGGAGUCGCUAUUAAUAAACCCAUCACCCAUCACCUCCUCAACAGGUUGAAGGACUCUGAUGUCUGGGGUCAGUGUGAGAUUCUGAGGAUACUCGAGCGCUACCGGCCUCAGUCAGAGGACGAGCUGUUUGACAUCCUGUCCCUGCUGGACGCCUCCCUGGUCAGCCCCCACCCCCCGGUCAUGGCCGCUACCCUCAGCCUCUUCCUCAGCCUCUGCUCCGGCCUGCCUGCUGUCAGUCUGGCGGCCCUGGAGCGAGUACGUGGACCCCUGCUGGCCGCCUGUGGGAGCGUGUCCAGAGAGAUGAGGUUCACCGCCCUCUGCCACAUACAGUUGCUGUUGCGUUCUCUCCCUGGCCUCAUGGGGGCGCACUACAAACGUUUCUUCUGUGGCUACGCUGAGCCAGCCUACAUCAAGCAAAGGAAGAUGCAGGUGCUGGUGGAGCUGGUGAACGAUGACAACGUAGUAAUGUUACUGGAUGAGCUGAAAGGAUACUGCACUGAUGUCAACGCUGACACUGCUCAGGCUGCAAUCUCGGCUAUAGGUCGUAUUGGACGAAGCUACAGCGACAGAUGUCUGGAGAUCCUUACUGGACUGCUCGGGCUCAAACAGGAGCACAUCACUUCCACGGUGGUGCAGACGAUGCGUGACCUGGUUUGGGUGUGUCCUCAGUGUAGCGACACUGUGUGUUUGGCUCUCGAGGGCUGCGAGGAAACGCUGCAGGAUAGCCAGGGCAGGCAAGCCUUGCUGUGGUUGCUGGCUGUGUAUGGGGAGCGAGUCUCCAGCGCCCCCUACACGUUGGAGGUGUUCAUCGACGGAGUGAGGAGCGAGGCCUCUCUGGGAGUCAAAAUGGAGCUGCUGACGACAACCAUGAGGCUGUUUUUGUGCCGGCCUGCUGAGACACAAGACAUGCUUGGAAGACUGCUGCACUACUGCAUAGAGGAGGAGACGGACAUGUGCGUGCGUGACCAGGCGCUUCUCUACUACCGCCUGUUGCAUUGUGGGAUAGAAGAGGCACGAAAGGUCCUCCAGGGUCGGAGGUCAGACCCUUCCCUAGGUGUUCUGAUUGGCCGCCCCGCGGAGCCCAUCAGCCAGUGGGCAUGCAGCUUUAACACUCUAGAGCCUCUGGGGCAGGGCGCCGUAGAGACGGAGUCAGCCAGCAGAGGAAGCCCUGAACAUGUGACCUUUGACCCCAAGCCUACGACUGACCUCUCGGACACACUGAACUGUAGCCAAAUAGAGAAGGUUCAUUCAGGCUCAGACAGUGCCCGUGGCUGUACAGACUCCUCCGCUGACGUCCCGACUUCCAGUGUCGCGGUCCCCCUCAGUUUGUCCCUCUCCCCGGCUCUCAGCCCAGACGAGUUUGAGCGUCUGUGGCUGCAGCGACAGGUCUCUCAUGAUGAGCAAGGUGCUGAGAAACAGGAAGAGGAUGAGGAUUAUGUGUGCUUGGAAGAAUGCAUCCAAUGCCCUGCGAUACCUCACUGUUCACCACAAAGCCUUCAGGCUGCGAUGCAGCUGGUCAAUAUCCAGACACUGGCCUUCACACCGCCGCACGCACUCCCCUGGAGGGUCUACCUGUACACACACACCCAGCACACACACUGCGGUGACACACCCCACAGCACGCUCAUAGUCGGCGAGCUGCUGUACACCGGAGAGACAAAUCAGAGGAUGGUAGUGGUAAAGAAAGGGAUGGAUGACGGAGACGUGGUGGAGGGCAGGGAAGAGGAGCAGGUGAGAGAGGGAGAGGAAGACGCAGCCGAUGAGCUGAGCGAGAGAGAGUUGGUGAGAAAAGAUGGAGAAGAGGAGGAAGUAAAAGUGACUCUGAAGCAGCAACCAAGAGAUGACAAAGCUCUGAAGGGGUUUCUCUCUAUCCUUACCACUGUGCUGCACACACUGUCCUCAGAGAGAGAUUAAAUAUGCAUUAACACACACAUACAAAUAGACAUCAUUGUACUGACUGAAAAGACGCUCACUGACCACACUCAUUCCCUAACCCUAAUCGUCAGGCUCUAAUUGCACACAGACAGAAGGCGAAUGAAUGAGCGGUAAAACCACUUUCACUUUUCACAUCGCACAUUUUAAGUUGUAUCAACUGAAAUAAUUGAGGUGAGAGUGGAGUCUUUACAGGAGUGAAACCGUAAGUUAACCAGACCGUAUUUAGUAAGUAAACUUCAGCUGAGGGCCAUUAAACUUUGCUGUCAUAAUACAUAGAUUAAGAAAAGUUCAGGUUAGGUAAAGGUUUAGACCAGGGGCCUCCAACAAGCAGCUCGCGAGCUACCAGUAGCUCACUACCUGUGUCUGAGUGGCUCACUAAAGGUUACAAUAAUAUGGACAUACAUUUGAUAACACAAAGUCACAUUGUAAACCAGUUUAAAUGUCUAUCCAAUCAAAUUGACAGACAUUGCGCCCCCCCGUCCUG